CUCUGGUACAAUUGUCAAAUACUCCUUUUGAAAACAAGUAAAUAAAAAGAAUUUAGAUGGAGCCUGCACCGGUCCAAUAUUUGAGGAAACUUCAGUUCAAUUCAGUGGCGAAACCGCCAAGUCUUCUAAGAAUUGAAGAGUCUGAAGACGCUGAUCGAAUGAAUUGAGAAAACAACAUGGCAGCCGGAGGAGGAGGAGCAACUUAUCGUUCUUUGCAAGUCACACCGACGUGGGCUCUAGCAACCGUUUGCUUCAUCUUCAUCUCCAUCUCUCUUGUAAUCGAACAUUUGAUUCAACUUCUUGGCAACUGGCUUAAAAAAAAAAGGAAGACUGCCUUGGUUGAAGCUGUGGAGAAGCUUAAAACAGUGCUCAUCGUCUUAGGGUUCAUGUCUCUUAUUCUUAGUGCAACUCAGGGACUAAUUUCGAAAAUCUGCAUACCCAAUAAAGUUGCAAGCACGAUGCUCCCUUGCCGUCAAACCGCACAGCCCAAAACCACACAAACGUUACAAGGAAGAAGAUUGGCUAAAAGUGAUGAUACAAGCGGGUCUUCUGAUUAUUGUGCCUCUAAGGGAAUGACUUCUGUGAUAUCACAAAAUGGCCUAAACCAGCUUAGCAUCUUCAUAUUUGUGUUAGCGGUGAUGCAGAUUGUCUACUGUGUUCUCACAAUGGCCCUAGGAAGAGCCAAGAUGAGACGAUGGAAAGCCUGGGAGAAAGAAACUGAAACUGUUGAAUACCUGGCUGCCAAUGAUCCUCGUCGAUUUAGAUUUACAAGACAAACAACCUUUGGACGUCGACAUCUCAGCUCUUUUACAAGCACACCACUCCAUCUAUGGAUUAAAUGUUUCUUCAAUCAGUUCAUUGAUUCAGUGGCAAAAGUCGAUUACCUUACUUUGCGCCACGGCUUCAUCUCGGCUCAUCUGUCCACAAGCAGCUCCUUCAAUUUCCAGAAGUACAUCCAACGAUCCCUGGAGGAUGAUUUCAAAGCUAUAGUUGGCAUCAGCCCUUCCAUGUGGCUUUUAGUGGUUAUUCUAUUGCUCCUGGACGUGUACGGUUGGAAUGUGUAUCUAUGGAUUUCUUUUAUUCCGCUAACUAUAGUGUUAGUUCUUGGGACCAAACUCCAAGUAAUCGUUGCAAGAAUGGCACUUGAUCUGAAAGCUCAACACAUUGUAAUUAAAGGAACCCCUCUGGUGCAGCCUAACGACAAUUUCUUCUGGUUCAAAAAACCAGAAUUUGUAUUGACCUUGCUGCACUACACUUUGUUUGUGAAUGCAUUUGAGAUGGCAUUUUUCAUUUGGGUCACGUUGCUAUAUGGGAUUCACUCUUGUUACCAUGAACGACUAUACAUAAUCAUCGUUAGGGUGGUUCUAGCGGUGACGGUUCAAGUGUUAUGCAGCUACAUCACACUUCCCCUCUAUGCUCUUGUGAUUCAGAUGGGAUCAAGUUUGAAAAGGGCAGCUCUGGAAGAGCAAGCAGCCAAUGCUAUAAAAAAAUGGCACGAUGGAGUAAAGCAGAAAAGGGAAAAGCAACAGGACAUUUCACAAUCUGGUGGCGACAAUUUUGGCAGCAACAGAACCAUUGGUUCUCUGGAUUUACCUACUCAUCAUCGCACGCCUGAUCUUCCAGACAUUACAGGUUUUCCUGGAAAAUCAGAAAUUGUAGAAGUUGAUCAAGAAAUUUCCAAAGAUGGACUUGAUCCAGCCGUUUUUACAUCAAAGAAUAUUCAAUUACAAAGGCACUUGACUCACAUUAGUAAAAUUUGAUCAGCUUGUAAAUCAGGUUGCAUCAGAUGAUGGGAUAUACAUGUUAAGCCUUGUACAUAAAUUUCAAAUUAUGUCAUUCCUGCAUAUGUUUUUACAAUUAAAAUAAUUAUUUGGAAGAUGAUCUUAGGCCUGAAA